AGGGGGAGGACCAGUGGCAGGGGCCGGCACUCUGGGCUCCACACACACACACACACACACGGGGGGGGGAGGGCGAUGCUGCUGUUCCCGGUGAAGAAGGUCCGCAAACACUCCAAGCUGCUGGUGCUGGCGCUGCUGCUGGGGGGGGGGGGGUGGGUGGCCUAUCUGGAGCUCGCCGCUUCCAGCGAGUGGAGGAAGAGCAGCGGCUUCAAACACAACCGAGUAUUCAGUGACUGGAAUGAACGGUUGGAAGGACAAGGGAUCAAAGUCCCUGGAGUUGACCGCGACUUGGAGUUCUACCACCAAAGAAAGGAGGGGGGAGUAAAUGAGUUAGUGGGUCAAGCAAACCUGCACAUAUUCGAAGACUGGUGCGGAGGUUCCAUUGAACAGCUCAGGAAAAACAUUCACUUCCCUCUCUUCCCACAUACCAGGACUGUAGUGAAGAAGUUGGCGGUGGCUCCAAGGUGGACCAACUAUGGACUCAGAAUAUUCGGCUACAUUCAUCCCUUCGCAGAGAGUACAUUUCAGUUUGCAAUGGCUUCCGAUGAUAACUCAGAGUUCUGGCUGAGUUUAGAUGACAACCCAGCCAAUGUCACACUUCUGGCUCGAGUGGGAAAGACCGGCAAGGAAUGGGCAGCACCCGGGGAAUUCGGAAAAUUCCGCAGUCAGAUCUCCAACCCCGUGCGCCUGUCAUCCUCCAGGAAGUAUUACUUUGAGGUGCUUCACAAACAAAAUGACCAGGGAACAGAUCACGUGGAAGUUGCUUGGCGACUUUCCAAUAUUGACCUGAAAUUCAACGUUAUUGAUUCUCGGUAUAUUUCACUUUAUAUUAAUGAGUCGUUGAUAAAACUAAACGAGGUGUGGCACAUCCCUCAGUCGGCAGCGAGUUAUAAAAAGCGCUACAGUUACCUGCGUUCACAAACAGACCAUCCGGCGGACAUGCUGAGGGACGAUCCGCGCGACACUUUUUUCAAUCUGCCUCUGAUAACGGAGUCCCAUGUGGAUCAAGUGCUGCCUGACUGUGCGUACAAACCCAGCUAUAUCAUUAACGGAUUUCCUAUACUCCGUUACCAAGGAUUACAGUUUGUCCAUCUGACGUACGUCUAUCCCAACGACUACACACGGCUAACGCACAUGGAAUCGGAAAACAAAUGCUUUUAUUUUGAAAAUAUGUAUUACUUGGAAAGAUUUGGAUUCUACAAAUAUAUGAAGAUGGACACAACGCCACAAAAAUCAAACGAGGGAAAGUUGGAGCAUUCUCUCAGGAUCGCAGCAGGAAAACUGUUUGAUCGACAUAAAGGGCAGAUGCAGAAGGACAGCGUGGCGGCAGAACGGGAUGAAUAUGCGUAUGAAGAGGAGGAUGAAAUCCCGCAGGCGGUGAAUCUUAAAGCUGUAGUUCAGGAGCAGAACCAGAAGGAUGUCGAGGAAGAUGGAAGCCAUCUCGAGCCGGGAGACGGAGUAGGAGGAGUGGAGAAACCUGCCCGCUUGCCUGACGAGGAGGAGAAGGAGGACAAGGCAAGAGACUACGGAGAUGACUAUGAUGAUUAUGUUUUGAAGAGGAAACGAAAACUGUUCUUUGCUGCAGAAAAGAAGUCUAGCAAUGGGACGCUUGAUCGCAACGCAAUUGUGGACCAUCGGUCAACGCCGGCGCGGAAAGGAAUGGAAGGCAAGAGUAGCGAAGUUUCUCGUGCCAAAGGAAAUGCGCGGGGCACCCGCUCUCCCAGUCAAAAAAAUCCCCGCAGUUUUCAAAAAAAGUUGCGUGUCGUGUUGAAGGGCGGGUUGGGAAAGCAGGCAGCGAGAUCGUCUGGGAGACAGCGGGAGAGAGGGAGCGACCAUCUUGCCCGGCACAUCACUCCGGGAGGGAACCGGGACGUUCGGAGAGCUGUUGGACGACCCGGGGCUCUGGAGAGACAGAACAACAGGUUGAGGGAGAAGCAGAAAGAAAUGGCCAAAAAUAGUCAAAACACGAAGAGAGCCGUUUACGUUGAGCAGCCGGUGGCCACGUUGUCGGGGGAAAGAGCCAACGAAAGUCUCGUCGCAUCAUUGAGCUCGAAGGACGACCAGGGGAAAAGUGAUGGGCUGAAGCCAACAGAGCUGACAUCGCCGUUCGGGCUGAAAGAGGAAAGGAUCAACGGCGACACCAUUGUGUCAGAGAAGCCUGCCCUUGGUCAGAACAACGGGCGGGUCAAUCCGGGACCUUUCAUCCCGCUGGGCCCCCGUUCCAAAAAGGACACUCCCCCCGCUGCGGCCAGUGACUGGUUCGGCAAAGUCUUGCCGCCUGCCGGCCAGAAAGGGGAAGAGGGGAAGGAGAACGGAGACGGGGAGGAGCAGAAAAACGAGGGGGAAAUCUACGAGAAGGCCAACGCAGACGGGAGGAAGGGCGGGAAGUGGUUCGACCCCCCCGCCAGGGACGACAAAGCCAAUGGGAAACCAGUCAAGGAGGAGGAGGAGGAGGCGGAAGCGGGGGAGGAGGAGGUGCCCGAUGACCAGAGCUUCUACGGACACGUACAUGACACGGCGGUCAGCUGGGAGCAGACCUUCAGCGUCAACAACAUGGACUUCCACUCCCUGCGCUCCGACUGGAUCGACCUCCGUUGCAACGUGUCGGGCAACCUGCUGAUGAAGGAGCAGGAGGCCGCAGAGGUGGUGGAGGCCUACAUGAAGAAGCUGAAUGAAAAGCACAGGGGGAGGUACACACUGCAUCAAUUAGUCAGCAUUGAGAAACGCCUGGACCGUUUGCGGGGCAGCAGGUACCUGCUGGAGCUCGAGCUGCUGUGGAACCAGAAGACAAUUGUGCGAUUGUCCGAGUACGUGUACAACCUGAAUGGUAACGGCGAUGGCACGGGCAUGGGCGGCGACACGAGGCUGAGGAAGGUGUACCGGCAGGCUGGCCAGAAUCUGGGGGAAAACCGCGCCAGGUUAACACUGUGUUCGCCCACCGGGUUCAGCUGGCGGAGAAAUGCUAUGAUUCACUUUAUAGUCCCAGUGAAGAACCAGGCUCGAUGGGUACAGCAGUUUAUCUACGACAUGGAGGAGUUGCACGCAGUGACUGGCGACCAAUACUUCAGCGUGACCAUCACUGAUUACAGUAGCACCGACAUGGAUGUGGAGAACGCUUUGAAAAGGAGCAUGUUGACCAGGUAUCAGUACGUGAGACUUGAGGGGAACUUUGAGCGUUCAGCUGGCUUGCAGUCAGGAAUUGAUCUAAUACAGGAUGACCACAGCAUCGUCUUCCUGUGUGACCUGCACAUCAACUUCCCUCCGUACAUCAUCGACAGCAUCAGGAAACACUGUGUGGAGGGAAAGAUGGCCUUCGCCCCGAUCGUGAUGAGGUUGAACUGUGGCUCCUCCGCUCAAGAACCUGACGGAUACUGGGAAAUGAACGGUUUUGGCUUGCUGGGAAUCUACAAAUCCGAUCUUGACAGAAUUGGUGGAAUGAACACAAAGGAAUACCGGGAUCGGUGGGGGGGAGAGGACUGGGAGCUACUGGACAGGAUUUUCGAGUCUGGGUUGGAAGUGGAAAGAUUAUACAUGAGGAACUUCUUUCAUUAUUUCCACUCCAGACGUGGCAUGUGGAAUAGGAAACAAGGGUGAACUAACGCUGACUGCCAGAAGCCUGGCUCACGCGCACUUUAUCCAUCAGAGGGGCCGAACCGCCCUCUCCACAAACAAGUGAAGCUUAACGUAAGAUGUAUCUGAAAUGGGUGCAUUCGCUGCUCACAACUCUCAGGCUACUAAUGGUCUUCCGAUCCUCUGGCGUAGGAAAAAAAUUAUAAAGGGCCUGCCUGUCCCACGUGGCCGAUUUUUCUGGCGACUGCCGGCGUCCUUGACUGGCGUUUAUCGGGUCGCCGAAAAAGUCUCGGCGAGCCGACGUAUCGAGUGUCCUCGAGUGCCGCAACAUUUUUUUUGUCGCCACUGGAUUUUUAAAUGUUCCAAAUCUUUCGGCCACCCUGUCAAUGGUGCCGGCAGUCGCCGAAAAAAACCGCUGAGUGGGACAGGCCCCUUGAAGGGCCGCUCUUCUUCAUUCAUGUUUGUAAGUGUUGAAAAUAUUCCAAGAAAACAAUAUCUAUUUUUUUAUUCAAAGCAAUACAAUGACGCUGUUAGGGUCUCAGGUGGGUGGUGGGGGAUGGGGACGGACUAACACACGCUGUGGUCCAACUAAAGCAAAUGUCCUUUACCACGGAGCCAAGGAAUGAAGUCACACUGAACAUGGUUUGUGCAUCAGAUCUUCAUCGGAUUCGUGGCCACUCCCUUUGUACCACAGCCACUGUGAAACACCCAUGUGCCUUUCGCAAUCCCAAGGACUCACCAAUCAACCGACAAACCUUCCGAGUUACACCUCUCCGUGCAACAAUUUAAAAAAAGGAUCAAUUGGAAGGUAAAUUUCUCCGAGAAGCGGCGCUCAAAGAACGAACGAUGGAUU